AUGCAGAAAACGUUCUGUCUUUGCAGUUUGGCCCUGCUUUUGUCUAUUCUCCAUGUGGGGUACGUUCCGAAUUCCUGUCCUUUUAAUAAUUAAAUGACCAAAAUCAUCCACUAGCAAUGUCCUCAAGAAUUUGCUGAUAAUUUUAAAUGAUCACCGGAGUUGCAUUCCGUUUUUUAUUUAAAAAAAUCUCAUUUAUGAAAACAUGUAUGUACUUGGAUGGUUUAGAGUUAGUAAAAGUUGUAUAAGCCCUAUAAUUUAAACAGCAGUUACUAUAUCAUUUCUAUGUUAACUAUCUUGGUGUCGUUCAACGGCGAAUUAGGAAACGCUGCAGAGAAAAAGAAAGGAAUUUACUAAAAGUCGCAUCUAUCCCACUUUGCAUUUUAUUCAUAAAUUACCAUCCAUCGUCUGUUAGCUACCCCGCGCUUUACCUUAAUAGGACGGUAGAAUGCCAACAGGCUCUUUCUACCUGAUAACCACAUCAAUAUAUAUAUAUAUAUAUAUAUAUAUAUAUGGGGGCUAAAGACCCUGACGGUUGAGUCACACAAAAAGUUUAUUCGAUUAGAGAAGGACGCAGAGCUACAUGAUGCAUUUGUUUUGUUCUAAGGACAUUUUCGACAGCUUAAACAGUACCAUGACCGUAUAAUUUUGGGUACACCCUGAGCGAUUUGGUUUCUUCGUCAAUAUGUGUAUAUAAGUUUCACUAAGUGGAUAUGUUCAAGUAUUCUUAAACACUUGUAUACAACAUUGAGACAUUUCUGGUGCUAAUUUCGUGAACACAACUUGUGACAUGAAGACAAAUUUGUUUUUCAAUGUAAACUUAACAUCAUAAUUGAAGCACUGAUAACUAAAGCAAAAGUACGUAAUGUUGAACUAAAUAUCAAAACUAAUGUCACGCUAAAUAUGGUCACUCGCGGAUAGUUUUUUCUGACCCAUCAUUAACGCAGAACGUAAAGAGGUAUUUUCGACCUGCAUUGGAACUCCGCAUUUGUGAAGUAGCAUAGACGGCAUAGAACAUUUACAUGAAAUAAUCUACUAAGCUUGUACAUGCUGAGUUUACGGAUCGGAGCAACGAUCGACGUCGAGCUAAUUUAACCCCCUUACUUUUGUUCCCAUACCGCUGUGAGAAAUGAAGUCUGAACCUGCGUUCAAGUUGAUUUUUGAAAAAGAACUGAGGGUAAAAUUAAACCCAUCAAACUGCUAAGUGCAGUAAACAUGUGUGUAGUAGGUGUCUUACCACGAAUGCGUUUGCCUAGACUGGGAUAAGCAGGAGAUUUGUUUUCCUUUAUUUCUGCACACAAUAACUUAUGCUGGUAACUUAUCGCCAUUUUCAAAUGACAUCAUUUAAUUUCCAAAAAUCUCUCUCUGCUAUUAUCGCGUUCUCUUGUUUCUGAGGGCAUUAUGGCUGGACUUCCCAAAUAUUUUGGCUGGCAUGCCAAGGGGAAACAGGAUUAUUGAAAAGAAACCGGUAUACAGGAACAGGAUGUUAAAACAAAACUGUCCUGAAUCCAUAAAAUGAUGCCCUGGUCAAGCGACUAAGUUGUACUGUAUGUUACUUAUCACAGGCAAAUUAUUUUUACUACAAUCCACGUGCAUGCUAGUCGGAACCUGCAAAUAUGUUCUGUCGCUGAUAUCUUAAAUGAGAUUAAAAGUAAAGAAUGCCAUAUGUGUAAUAACGUUGACACUGCUUUUCAGUUGCGGAAAGGGUGUCUGCACCUGGAGCCAACGGCUAAUACCAAAGACCGCGACUGGCAACAUCACUCUUGACGUCCCAAUAGUGGACAGUUAUUGGGUACGUUUGUAAUUCGGAACACAUUUUACGUUUUGUAUCCGAGUAACAACUAGCUCUGUUAACCAUUUCGUCGGCAGUUAACUUGGAGUUGUCCAUAUUUUGUUUUUAAAGAGAGGGUAUGUCGGAAAUGAAACCUUCUGGACAUACAUUUGGACAAGGGGCUGGUGCUCGUACAAGGAAGGCUACUUUCGGUGCCCUUACAUUACACGUAUGAAACUCUUGUAAUUUCAACGUGUUUGGCUUAACUUCGUAUAGCCGCAUUCAACAUAUUAAACCACUUAUUCGGUUUCAAUAUUUUCAAACUGUUAUCACAAAAGUUAAUUGUAAUAAAAAAGCUUUGCCCAUUUGAGAAUCUUGACUAGCCCGUGGCGACAGAUGUGGAGUUUUAGUAUUAACACUUUAAGCCAAAAAAUAUUCUAGCAGUAACAAACUGACUUUUUUGAGAUUUUUUCUGUCUUUCUUGCUUAAGGCAACGGUUUGGAUGCAACGCGCCUGACGUUUCCUGACGCCAAAAAGAUUUCCUACGUUAUGCUAAGGGACGAAUAUCCAAUUACGGUUCACAAGGCAGAAGAUGGAAGCAUCCGUAGGUUAACUUAUUGCGCACCUUGACGACGUCGCUUCCCUCGUGUUGACCGUCAGAUGUUUACUAGUGCUGAUAAAACACAGUUGUCCUUAAUCCUUGAAUGUUGUUUUUAUUUCCAGCUGGCUUCUAUGUUGAAGAGGGUACCAAGUUGGAUGUCUGCCCAGACAGCGAAACCGUCCAGUUGUUCUGGACCUUUAAUGGCGAUGAAGGGGAUUUAAAAGAUGUAAGACACGACUUAACGACCUCUGAUAUAGUGCGUAUGUGAAUGAUUUAACAGAUCCAAAUCAGUGCUAUGUUUGACGGUCGGAUCGUAUUCCGUAGCCAUACCUGCGGUACACAAGCCACAGCCUAACCCCUAAUUUAAAGCCCUAGCCCCAACCCUUAACCCCCUAACACCAAUACCUGACCCCUAACCCCUUAUCCUGGCCUCUAACCGCUAACUCAAACGCUCAAUUAAUUUAUUGACUUCGGCUCAAUUUUCAUUAAAAUUUAGGGUCUGACCUUAAAAUUGCACGUCUAGAGCACUAUACUCCGUGGCUUAUAUUUUAAAAAUUCGAAAUUAUCAUAUCAACCAUUAUUUCUAUUUUAAGAUUAGCUGCUAUACUAACGGAAGAAGGCUUUGUUCGGGACUACGACCCUCCACAUCGACGAACGAUGGCAAGUGCGGUAAGUGAUUCUUCUGUGAAUGUUUUUGUUUUCUCAAAUACAGGGUUCACCAAAAGUGACAAUUACUCUGAUUUCAAAGGAGAUUGUAUUUAUCCCUCGCUUUUUGAUUUUGUUUAAUAGAAGAGUAAAGUAUUUUUUAAUUUUUACUCACGAACGAGACUUGCCAUGGGUUUUUUCUGUCGAAAAGCACAAAAACAUUUGAAAUAACCAAGGAAUUAUCUGCUAGCCCUUUCAAAUGUCCACGUGUCACCGUUUGGCCACGCUGCCUAUUUUCCCCACCGUAAUAUUAAACUAAAUGAGACUCCUAACAUGCUUUUUCGUCCUUUCGAUUAAGUCUUUCUCUGCUUUUAAUGUGCCAUUAUAAAAAUCAGCUGGGCUAAACGUUUAUUCUUUUUAGGAUUUCAUAGGCGGAAUGGCCGUGUGACUGUUGGAUAUCAAGUACACAGAGAAGUUUCCGCUUGGACGCUCUACUACUGCCACGCGAACAAGCAACAGACUAUGACACUAACCUACAUUGUAAACUGGGAAGGUACUUUUGCAACCUCCGUGAUAUCUUUACCAUGAACUAUGAAUAAGUCGGUUAAUUAUUUAAAUUGUUGAUAUUGCUCCACAGACACACCUUUAAGAAAGUAAGCGCAGUAUUCAGGAUUAAAUACAGCGAUUUUGGUUGGACUAAGAAGAGAGUAGAAGAUUAGUUUACGGGGUUAAAUAAGGUCCUCGCAUUUGGCAUUUCUUGGGAAUACAGGGUAGGAGCUUACAAAUCGUAGAAGAACACCACUAUGUUAACCAAUUUGGCUACGAAUGUUUACCAACGGAGAACAAUAACUCAUCUACAAUUAGGUAAACAGAAGGGAGUAUUAGUACAGAGCCCCAUCGAGUAUUUAGUAUAGAAAAAGUUUUGCCGUUGUGAAAAUUGCCAUAGGAGUAUUUGCAAGACCAGUUGCCGAGCAUACGUAUGCUCUGGAUAAAUUCUCAUCAGGCCAGUCUUGUAUGCACAGAAGAACCACGUUCGGGCCCCGCACCUAUCUUGGUCAAAGGUCAACUAAUGCUGCAAUCCGCCGCACCCUGCCCUCUUUCUUUGUCUCCGGCAUUGACUGCUCUUCCCCACCCCCCAGCCUCUACAACCACGCAUGUGUUUUAAGACGAAUUUUAUCUGAUUUCUCUUAUCACUGACAUGUUUUGGCUUCUCCCCCGUUCGCACAUAACUGUACUGGCCUGACAAACAUUUGUCCGAUUAUUAACAUGACCGCGUUGUCGUUUGCUUUUGCCGCGACAUUUUGCUGAAUAAGGAGAGAAUAGCAGCGCAUUCGAAACAUUAACGGAUUUUUUUGUUUCAGGCGCCUCCACUAAAUUGCCCACUAAAAAAGACUCUGUACUAGUGGCCCCACAGAAAACGACUUCGGCUUCGGAAAGAGUAACGGGUAUGUCAGCAGUAAUGCCUUAAUUUUUGCGUCUUUUAUUACAAGGCGUCCUCUUACUUUAGAAAGCUAAGACAUAUGCUUGCAAUUUUAUGCUAUACUAAUAAUUAACAUUAGUGCAAGUGCCAAUGUUUAACUCCUAUCAUAAAUAAACGAUAUUUUACGCGCAUAAGCUUAACGGUUAACCUUGAUGGUAUUUCAGCUUAACCACUCUUUUGCAUUUCUUCCUUUAGCUAUAGGGGGUAGCAUCUUCGUUUGUCUCUGGAUGGUCAUGGUGUCGUGGGUUUGCAUCCAGUGGUGA